AUGACAUCGGCCCAGCCUCGACUGCAAAUGAGAGAAACGGUUUCGGAAACUUUGGCCGCCAUGGAAAAUCAACAACCAGUGGCAAUCGUCGUCGGAGCCGGCCCAUCUGGCCUUGCAACCGCCGCCUGCUUGAAACACCUCUCCAUCCCGUACAUAAUUCUAGAGAGAGAAGACUGUUUUGCUUCACUGUGGAAGAAGAAAUACUCAUACGAUCGCCUCCAUCUUCACUUGGCAAAGCAAUUCUGUGAGCUACCCCACAUAUCAUUUCCCAGUACUUACCCAACAUAUGUACCAAAGACCGACUUCUUACACUACUUGGAUGAGUACGUUUCUCAUUGUCAGAUCAGUCCUUUGUACAAAAGAUCGGUUGAAUCAGCCAUUUACGAUGGAGGGUCAGAGAAAUGGGACGUUAAGGCAAUGAAUCUCAGUUCCGGUGAGAUAGAGGAAUAUUCCGGCAGGUUUCUGGUGGUGGCGACCGGAGAAACAGCCGACGCAUUCGUACCGGACGUUGAAAGGUUGAACACUUUCACGGGGGAGGUUAACGUAGUCUCAAGGGAAAUGGUGUUGCCGGCAAUAGCAAGCACAAAAGCCAACGUUGUGGUUUUCGAGAACGGCAAAUCACAUCCAUUUGAUACCAUUGUCUUUGCCACUGGCUUCAAAAGAUCAACAAACAAGUGGCUCAAGGGAGACGAUUAUCUUCUGAACGAUAAUGGGAUUGCAAAGGCGAGUUUCCCAAACAACUGGAAAGGGAAGAAGGGACUGUAUUGUGCUGGACCGGCAAGGAGAGGACUGUAUGGAGCUGCCAUGGAUGCUCAAAACAUAGCUAAUAACAUCAAGAUGCAACUACUCAUGUGA